AUGAGCGGAGGUCUUACUGUCGAUUUUGAUUAUAUUGCGAACAAUAUACAAUCAUAUAUCGAUCAAGAAAACUUUUUUGAUAUUCUUGAAAAAGAAGAUAUCCCAAAAGUGUUAGAGAAAACAAAUCUAAACUCAAGCGCCUUCAAAACUCUUCUUUCCCAAGGUAAAGCAAAGUACAACGCAGCCAAGAUGUAUGGCUUUGUCCGAAAGUGCAGUAUUUCAGUAAAUUCAUUCGAAGAUGUUAUUAACGUUCUCAAAAGUUACAAAAGGAAUCUUAAACUUAAAUCGUCUGGUAACUUGAUCAAUUACUUAGAGAAAUACAAGGCAGAUUAUAAUACAAACUCUCAAGAAGUUUCAAAUUUACACACCGAAAUUCAAAACCUCAAAGCACAGAUUGUGAGUUUAGAAAACGAAACUAAUAAAUACAAAGAAGAAAUUAAUACAUAUAAAGAACAAAAUAAUACAUUUAAAGAUGAAAUUUCAAACUUGAAAAAAGACAAUGAUCAACUUAAAAAAGAAAUCUCAACACUUAACAACAAAAAUGACCAAUUACAACGAUCAAUCGAUGAUUUCGCAAAAAUUAUUCAAUUAAUAUCUUCUGAUUUUGAUAGAGUUUACGAUUUCCUUAAAUGUAUUUCUAAUAAAUGA